GUGACUGCCGUGUCCAAUUGCAGAACAGCCUGAAUCAAGAGUACGGAGCCAGAACUACUACCAAAUUAUUGGUAAUGGGAGGAGAAAAAUUAAACAAAACUGGGAUUUGAGACCACCUUCUGGAAGACAUGAGCCCAAGACCGAAGAGAUCCCAGGCAUCAAGGAGUGUGAAUUUCGAGUCACCCCGCCAGACCCCAGGACGCCGAGGCCUGCUCCACACUUUCCGGGGAUCCCUACGCCCAGGAGGCUCAGCGCAGCCAAAACCAACUUUACGGACUGUACUACUGAUCCACCGACUCUACCCGCAGUUUGACGAAAAUGGUCGUUCCCACAAGCUUGUAGGAUUUCUUGGCUAAGCGCCACCCUCUGCGGCGCUUUCUUCUGAUUGGCUCUGAGUGAACCCAGCCAAAGCGUUACUUCCGGCGGAAAAGGACGCGGGAGAUUCGAUUGGAAGGCUCCCGGCGAACUACUGAUCCGGCCGGUCUGAGUUGCUGUGUGUCGCCUGGGCCAGCUACUGGUCUUCUCCCUCAGGGUCUUGCUCUAUCACCCAGGCUGGAGUGCCAUGGCAUCAUCAUAGCUCACUAUGGCCUUGAUCCCCUUGCCUUAGCCUCCCAAGCAGCUGGUACUACAGGCCACGGUGUGAACACAUGAAUAGAAGAAGAAAAUUUCUUCUAGCCUCAGUACUUGCUCUCCAGAAUUCAGGUUUUAUAUAUCCAUCAUGUCAGAAGUGCUUCUCUAGGAUAAUCCUGGUCUCCAAAAGGUCUAAUUGUCCGAAAUGUGGCUGUACUGGUGAAUCUGGAAAUGCCAAUUACAGAUACAAACUUUCCUUAAAAGUUGCAGAAUCAAACAAAUUGUUUGUUAUUACUGUAUUUGGAAGUUGCUUAGAUACAUUUUUUGGUCUUACUGCCACUGGUUUGCACAGGUACAUUCAGGAUCCUAAUAAAAUUCCAGAAACACUCGACAAUGAUACAACUCAGAAUCUAUUAACUAAAGCAGUUGAAACUUGCUUUGUUGGACAAAGCUUUAUUUUUGGAGUGACGAAUUUUGAAAGCCACCCUGGACAAGGUGCAGAUGCCAGUAACUUCUUACAGCAAUGCUCUGACCACAAAAGAAAAGCCAGAUCACUAGUGGCUUGCCAGAUUGUUCUACCGGACCCAGGUGUUGCAGGCUUUACUGUCAUUGACUACUUCUGUCAACUUUUGCAGACUUUUAAUUUCAGGAAACUUCAGUGUGACUCUCACGCACCUAACAAUCACUUACUUUCUUUAGAUCACUCAAAUAGUGAUCUCAGCAGCAUAUAUACUUCUGACAGCACUUCUUAUUUUUUCAAGUUCUGCAGCAAGGAUACUUUUUCAAAAUUCUGGCAGCCAUCACUUGAGUUCACUUCCAUUGUUUCAAAGCUAACAGAUAAUGAUGAUUUUUCAGCUUCAGAACAAAGUAAGGCCUUUGGUACUCUUCAGCAGAACAGAAAUUCCAUCUCCAUUGCAGAGGCCACUGGUUCCAGUAGCUGCCAUGAUCCCAUUCAGCAUUCAUGGAGCCUUGUUUCAUAUAUGGAUAAAAAGAGUACAGCAGAAAAGUUGGGUAAAGAACUUGGCUUACAAGCUAAGGAGCUGAGUGCAGUUCACAGCAGUCAUCAUGAAAUUGGAGUUAAUGACUCUAAUUUAUUCUCUUUGGAAAUGCGAGAGCCCCUUGAGUCAAGUAAUACAAAAUCCUUCCACAGUGCAGUGGAAAUUAAAAAUAGGUCCCAGCAUGAGCCACCAUGUUUCCAGCAUCAUGGUAUAGAUACCCCCACUAGCCUUCAAAAGAGGUCUACAUGUUGUCCACCUUCGUUAGUCAGACUUGAAGUGACAGCCAGCAAUUCCCAGGAUGGCGACCCUCAAAUUUGGGAUGAUCUGCCAUUCUCUGAAAGCUUGAACAAGUUUCUGGCGGUUCUUGAAAGUGAGAUUGCUAUAACCCAGGCAGAUGUCAGUAGUAGGAAGCAUCAUGUAGAUAACGACAUUGAUACAUUUCAUGCAGACCACAGCAGGUUAUCUGUGACUCCCCAGAGAACUACUGGAGCCCUGCAUACACCACCUAUAGCUUUAAGAUCAUCACAAGCAAUAGUCAAAGCAAACUGUAGCAAAGAUGACUUCCUUUUCAACUGUAAAGUAAAUCUAAGUCCUAGUGUUGAAAAGGAGUCACAACCAGAUAACAAAGUAGAGGCUGUCUCUGUAAAUCAUAGUGGAAGAGGUAUGUCAGAGUAUUUUCUACCAAAUCCUUACCUGUCAGCUCUGUUUUCAUCUUCAAAAGAUUCAGAAACAAUAGUUACUCUUAAGAAGACUAUCAGAAUCUCACCACCCAGGGAUGAAAUUCUGUUUAGGCCCAGUACUUCAGAGAGUGACCAUUUUAGUCUAAAUAACAAAUAUUUGAAUGGAUGUGGAGAAAAAUCACUUUCAGUAAUGAAUGAAAAGUUGACAACUCUAUGUUCUAGGAAGUACAAUGAUGUCUCUGAUCUUUGCAAAUUAGAAAAUAAACAAUAUUAUAGGUGGUCCAAGAACCAAGAUGACAGUUUUACAAUUUGCAGGAAACUUACAUAUCCUUUAGAAACUCUUUGCAAUAGUCCAAAUAGAAGUACAAAUACAUUGAAAGAAAUGCCUUGGGGGCAUAUCAAUAACAACUUAACGCAGAGCUAUUCUAUUGGUUAUGAAGGUAGCUAUGAUGCCUCUGCUGAUCUCUUUGAUGAUAUUGCUAAAGAAAUGGACAUUGCAACAGAGAUUACCAAAAAAUCACAGGAAAUUUUGUUACAACAGGGAACGUCUUUGGCAGAAAGUCAUCCUUCGGAGUCUGAUUUUUCACUGAGAUCACUUUCUGAAGACUUCAUCCAGCCUUCACAAAAAUUAUCCUCGCAAAGCAUUUCUGCCUCUAGGCGUUCAAGAACAUGCUCUCCAACACCUCAAUUUCAAUCAGAUUCAGAAUAUAAUGUUGAAAAUAGUCAAGACUUUGUUCCAUGUUCACAGUCAACUCCAAUUUCAGGAUUCCACCAAACAAGAAUUCAUGGGAUAAACAGAGCUUUUAAAAAACCUGUAUGUUAUUCAGAUCUUGAUGCUAACUGUGAAAAAAUAAGGAUU